UCAGCGGCUGUUUUCUGACUUUUCUCGCGCGAAGUAAACCGCCGCUUUUACGAUAUCCAAUCCGACGGGCGACGGCCAUCUAGUUACCAUCCUCCUCUGUACAUGGCCGCCAGCGCCUGGCUACCACCGGUCGAUCUUACCGAUUCCGGCCGGCCAGUACUCUUCCCCGGCGAGGUUGAACGCCUUUUUAUCUCAUCCAUCGACCUCCAAGCAGAGGAAAAUCCUUCUCUCCCCCCUCUCCGCUCUGGUCUCCUCACCCUCACCUCUCACCGCCUUUUAUGGAUCAAUGAAACCUCUCGCUUCGCCCAUUUCAUUCCCCUUGGUUCAGUCAUCCAUGCAUUUCCUCCAAAAAAAUCGAUCAAAAGUAUGUUCACUAGCCCUAAGAUUCGAAUUCAGGUUACUUCUGAUAGCGAUGGAAAGAUCACCAGUGGCAAGGGAACGACGUCGGUGGUGAUCACGAUCGUGAUGCGAGGUGGUAAGAGCGAUUCGGAAGCGUUUUACGGGAAGUUAUGGGAGGUUUUGAAGUCGAGGUCUUGGGAGGUGGAGGAGGUGAAGGGGAGGGAGGAUGUGGGGGAGAUUAGGGAUAGCGGCUCGGUAGAGGGAACGAGCAGAGUGAGAACGGCGGUGGUUGGUGUUGCGGGUAUUCUGAGGAAGGAGCAGGAGAUGUGGGAGAGCACGGAUAAGAGCUUGCAGGAUGCUUUCCAGGACCUCAAUGCUUUGAUGAGUAAAGCUAAAGAGAUGGUUGCAUUAGCUGAGAAAAUGAGGCAAAAAUUGCUAUCCGGUUCAGCUGCUCAGGCUAAUGCAAAUGAUGAGGAGAUGGGUUCUAAGCAAGAAAUGCAAGAUUGGCUACUUAGUGUUGGUAUUGUAUCACCGGUUACAAAAGAAUCUGCCGGUGCUCUCUAUCAUCAACAAUUAUCUCGCCAGCUGGCUGAUUUUGUGAAAUUACCACUUGAGAAAUCUGGAGGAAUGAUUGCACUGAUAGAUGUGUACUGUCUUUUUAAUCGUGCUAGAGGAACAGAAUUAAUUUCACCCGAGGAUCUUUUGCAAGCCUGUGCUCUCUGGGAAAAAUAUGAAGUCCCUGCAAUGCUUAGAAAGUUUGAUAGCGGAGUAAUGGUCAUUCAGAGCAAGGCCCAUAGUGAUGAGGAGGUUUUCGCAAGAAUCAUCUCUCUUGCACAAAAGCCAGAUGCUCUGAAAAUGGGCAUAAGCCCCAGUGAUGCAGCUUUAACACUUGGUAUUGCACCAGCUCUUGCCAAAGAACACCUGUUAAAUGCUGAAAGUAGAGGCCUAUUGUGCAGGGAUGUCAGCCCUGAUGGUUUCCGCUUCUAUGUCAAUAUGUUCAAAGAAUUUGAACUAGGCAAUAUUUACUUGGUUAAAGAUCAUGGUCUUUAUAAAGCUUGGAUAUCUGCUGCAUCAUUGUCCUCUGCUUAGAGAGUGGCUGGACAUGAUAGUUUUUUUCAGCCGAAGAUGGGUCUGACCGCCUGAAACCUUGGCCACAGGGAAUUGUUCGUCGGAAAGAGUAUCAAAAGAGAAGAAGACCAAGCAAGCCUAUGGAUUUUUCAUUCACUUUUUAUUACUAGCGCAUGGACGGAUGAUUGUUAUUUGAAUUAUGAUGAGCCUCUUAAUUUUAACGUUCUUGAGUUGGUGCCCAUCGUUGUUAACAAAAUUUGAGGGUCAUUAAAAUUUUUAAAUUUUAUUGUUCUAACA